UUUCACUGCAGCGAUAAUCUGCCAGCACCUUGAACUCAGUCGUUGAGAGUUGUGAUGUGAAAGCUUUUUGCAGAGGUGGACAAUACACAAGACAUCCAUCAGGCCCAGAGAGCACUAGGAUUGUGAAAACUACUCUACUGAUGUAAAUGCAGCCAUAAAAACCAUGGGAAGGCCAGUGAACCUAGUUCUUCUGAUGCUAUUUGCUGUGAUGCUGAUUGUGACUGAAGGAAACAAAUGUGUGUGCAGUGGAAAAUCCAGGUGCAACUGUAAAGGAGUUAAAGGCAGCAGGGGAGAAAAAGGCCUUCAAGGAGAAUCAGGUCCUCCAGGACCACAAGGCCAUCCAGGAACCAUGGGUCAUGCAGGGCCAAGGGGACCAAAGGGCAGCAUGGGACUUAGCGGUCCUACGGGACCAAAAGGCGAUGUGGGGCUGGAUGGGAGAGAGGGGUUUGCUGGGUUCCAUGGUUUACCUGGUGUUCCAGGCUUGCAGGGGCCUCCAGGCCCCCCAGGGAGCCCUGGAUGCAAUGGUACCAAUGGGGACAGUGGAGAUCCUGGGAUUCCUGGUGCUCCUGGUAUUGAUGGACAGAGAGGUCCAUCAGGUCUGCCUGGACCUAAGGGUGACUCUUUGCAAUCCAUUCAUUCAAAACCAGGGCCACCUGGACCACCAGGGAACAUUGGAAAACCGGGAUAUCCAGGUUCCCUUGGCAACAAUGGACAACCAGGGGACCCUGGGCCAAUGGGAUCAGUUGGUUUACUGGGUCAUCCAGGGGCACCAGGAUCAAAGGGUCAAGAGGGCCCAGGUGGUGUCCCAGGACCUAGAGGACAGAAGGGGACACAAGGCUCACCGGGCCCACCUGGGCCACCAGGCAGGAUUAAGGAGUUUUUCUCUCAGACUCUGGUGAUAAAGGGUGCAAAGGGAGACAAAGGGGAUGUAGGGGAGAGGGGCUGCAAAGGUGAAUCUGGGGACCCUGGUUAUGGCUUUGACAGAAAAGGAGUGAAAGGAGACAAAGGAAACCAGGGUCCUGAGGGAAAGCCUGGGAAGGACGGUGAUCUAGGACAACCUGGAUUUACGGGAAGGCCAGGCUCAAGAGGUGAUCCAGGAUAUACAGGGCUGCCGGGAGGGACGGGUGAAAAGGGCAAUAGGGGUCCAAGGGGUCCUCCUGGAGAUAUAUUUGGACCAGAGCCAAUAAAAGGCCACAUUGGAGAUCCUGGUCCCCCUGGCCACCCUGGGAUCCCUGGCUUCCAAGGUAUUGUAGGAUUCACUGGACCUCCCGGACCUCCAGGCCAUGCAUCUGGGAUUUCUGUGCCAGGCCCACGUGGUCCUCCUGGCCCUCCAGGCCCCAAAGGAGACCAUGGGGAACCUGGGGGUAUUUACACAGGGCCACAGGGUCCUGAUGGGGAUCCAGGUGAUGAAGGGCUUCUUGGCGACCCAGGCCCACCUGGACCCCCUGAAGACAGAACGAACAGGAUCACUAAGGGUCUUCCUGGAAUGAAGGGGGCAAGCGGUCCAACUGGACCUAGGGGAUAUGAUGGAACAUUUGGAAUGAAAGGGGAGAAGGGGGAGCCCUGUUAUGUGUGCACUGGAUCAGGACUUUCUGGACCACCGGGUCCCCGUGGUCCACCUGGCCCUCCUGGUACUAAUCAAGGACUGGGUGAAAAGGGUGAUCCAGGCUUCCCUGGAUCGAGAGGUUUCCCUGGACCACCAGGUCUCAGUGGUGCAAAAGGAUUGUCAGGCCCUCCAGGACAGAAGGGAGAGUCAUAUACCUACCACUCCCCUGGGUUAAAGGGAGUAAAAGGAGACUCAGGACAGCCUGGCAGACCUGGUCCUGAUGGCAUCCCUGGAUCUCCUGGAUUACCAGGUUACAAAGGCAGUCAAGGGCUUCCUGGGGAUCCAUAUUCUUUUCCUGGUCCAGUGGGAGACCAAGGAUUACAAGGUCCACCAGGGCCUUUAGGCAAACCAGGACCAGUUGGCCUCCCUGGCCCAGUGGGAUUUGGACCCCCUGGACUUCCAGGGAUUAAAGGAGACUUUGGGGUACCUGGUCUGCCUGGACAACCUGGAAUUCCAGGCCAAAAAGGUGAACCUAGUCACUUUCAAGGAUCUCCAGGACCACCUGGAUUUAAAGGUGUGCCUGGUCCAACAGGAAGUCCAGGUUAUCAAGGGCCAUCAGGUAGCCCAGGAUUGCCAGGUUUGCAAGGACAAAAAGGUGAAAGAGGCCCUGUUUUGUUUCCAGGAGAUCCGGGAGUCCCAGGACAGAAAGGUGAUAAGGGACAGCCAGGAGAGCCAGGCAUUCCAGGUAGAGGCUUACCAGGAAAGCCAGGUCAACAAGGCCACUCUGGUCCCCCUGGAGAGAAGGGUGAAAGUGGUCUUGGAAACCCUGGCCUUCACGGACCCCCAGGGCCACCUGGGCAAGAUGGCUUUCCAGGUCCAGUAGGAGAUCCUGGGAUCCUUGGCCUUCCAGGGUAUCCUGGAUCAUUUGGCAGACCAGGGAUUUCAGGAGAAAAGGGACAAAAAGGUUCUCUGGGCCCUCCAGGGUUGCCUGGUAGCAAAGGUUUUUGUGAAGGUUUGCCAGGACCAGAGGGACUACCAGGACCAGAUGGGUAUUCAGGAAAUCAAGGACCUCAUGGCUUACCUGGUGAAAUGGGAAAUGCAGGUUUUCCCGGACUGGGUUACCCUGGAUUUCCUGGUGAGCCUGGUCUCCCUGGAUUAUCAGUGCCAGGUCCACAAGGGCCUCCUGGACCAAAAGGAAUUACGGGACUAAACGGCCGGCCUGGUGAACCUGGAUUGAGUGGAGACCCUGGACCUGAUGGAACAUCAAGAUUAGGACCACCGGGAUUGCCUGGGGUUAUAGGGCCACCUGGUGUAAUAGGUGACCCUGGCCUCAAAGGAGCCAAAGGGGCCCAAGGUAUCCAAGGACAAAAUGGGGACAAGGGCUCCAGGGGUCCUCCAGGCCCUUCAUUCCAAUCACAAAACUGUUCUGGGCCACAAGGGGACCCUGGAUAUUCAGGUCCUUCUGGUCAAAAUGGUUCCAGAGGUGAAUCUGGAAACAGUGGACCAAAAGGAAAAGAGGGAAAAGUGGGAGUACUAGGGGUUCAUGGAGAAAGAGGUCCCCGUGGUGAUCCCGGUGUGGAUGGACCAGUGCUUUCCCAAGGUUCCCAAGGAUCUCCUGGACCCCCAGGAAACUCAGGACACAGAGGUCAAACUGGACCUAAAGGAAUAAAAGGACAGCCAGGAAUCCCUGGGGGUCCUGGAGCAGAUGGGGUUCCAGGGACGACUGGUUAUAUUGGAAUUCCCGGAGAACCAAGCCAUGGAUAUGGACCUCCUGGACAGAUAGGACAAAAGGGUGAACCAGGAUCAAGCAGUAAUAUACUGAAAGGUCAGAAAGGAGAGCCUGGUAUUACGGGGCCAGUUGGCCUACCAGGAAACUUUGGAGCCAAAGGAAACCCAGGACCUACAGGACAUAGCGGUUUCCUGGGCUAUCAAGGUCCAAUAGGCUCAGAUGGUCCUUUAGGAGUCAAAGGAUACCUAGGACCAAAUGGACUGCCAGGUAGCCCAGGCCCACCAGGGAAGUCUGGUGAUCCUGGUCCUAAAGGCAACCAGGGCCAAGAUGGAAUUCCUGGGCCACCAGGGCAGAAAGGGGACACAGUCAUAAUAGGUGGGACACUAGGAAAACGCGGUGACACUGGUCAGCCAGGCCCUCCUGGGAACACUGGUCCUCCUGGUUUAUCUCCCCCAGCUAGUGCUGGACCAAUAGGAGAUAAAGGAUUUCCAGGUCCACCUGGAAUCCUCGGGCCAAAAGGACCACCAGGAACAGCAGGGGCCUGUAUUCCUGGGCCUAAAGGAGAUCAUGGAUUACCUGGCAGUCCUGGGAGCAGAGGCUAUGCAGGCCCACCUGGUCCUCCAGGUCCAACAACACCAGGCUUUAAAGGAGACAGAGGGGAGCCAGGUCCUUUAGGACCUCCAGGUUUUAACGGAGCCCCAGGAGAGCCAGGCUCACCUGGUCGAAUAGGCACACCCGGACAUCCAGGACCAAGAGGAGAUUCUGGUCUCCCUGGAAAACAAGGGCUUCCUGGUGAUGUUGGAAACCCUGGAUACAUACCAGGUCCUUGUGGUCUUCCUGGGAUCAAAGGUUUUCCUGGACCCCCAGGCAUCAAAGGUGAACCAGCAUGUAUAAGAUUCGAACCAGGACCUCCAGGCUUACCCGGUCCCCCUGGCAAUCAAGGACCCAAGGGGACCAUUGGACAACCAGGACCACCAGGGCCUCCAGGUCAACCGGGAGUUAAAGGAUUACAUGGAAUCAGCCCAGAUGGCCCACCUGGAUUCCCGGGCCAGAAAGGAGAGAAAGGAAGCACAGGCUUACCAGGUCCAGUAGGCAGUCCUGGAAAUGCAGGCCUAAAGGGUUUCACAGGUUUGCCUGGCAAAGCUGCCUCAGGUUAUUUUGAUAGUUUCCUCAUAGCAAGGCACAGUCAAAGCAUCCGUGUCCCCGACUGCCCCAAAGGCACCAGCCUCAUCUACUCUGGUUACUCCUUUCUCUUCAUCAGUGGAAACGAGAGAGCUCAUGGCCAGGACCUUGGCACCACAGGCAGCUGUCUCCCUCGUUUCUCCACCAUGCCCUUCUUGUUCUGCGACACAGAGUAUACCUGCCGUUAUGCUUCCCGUAAUGACUACUCAUACUGGCUGUCUACUGACACUCCACAACCUGCCAACAUGGCUUCCAUCACAGCAGACAAGCUGGCAUCCUAUAUUAGCAGGUGUUCAGUAUGUGAAAUCAACUCCAAUGUCAUAGCCAUCCACAGCCAGACAACUCUGAAACCUGAAUGCCCCAGAGGUUGGGAAUCUCUAUGGACUGGGUACUCAUUUAUCAUGCAAACAGGAGCUGGGGCAGAAGGAUCCUCUCAACCCUUGGUUUCUCCUGGCUCUUGUUUGGAAAAUUUCCGCCAAGUGCCCUUUAUAGAGUGUCACGGCAGGGGGACAUGCAACUACUACCCUGACUCCUACAGCUACUGGUUGGCUUCCCUUGACCCAAACAACAUGUUCAGUAAACCGGCUCCUCAGACAGUGAAGGGACCUUCUCUAGAAAGUAUUAUCAGCCGUUGUCGAGUCUGCAGAAAACUAUGGCAACACCGCACAAAUGACAGACGUGGGGACUAUUGAAAGCCUAAAUAUGUGAAAGGUGAUGCUCUGUAGUAGAAAGCAGUGUAUGUUAUGUGCACUUCUUUUCUAAGUUUGUGUGAUCAUGCUGUGUUUGUUGCUAUUGUCUUUGACUGCAGUCAUUUCAAAAGUUCUGGUGAUCAUUUACAUUUUGAAAAGUCAUUAUAUCUUGUAGCUGUGGUGUGCACCAAGUUAUUACUGUUUCUUUUCCUCACGCAUUUUAAUUUAAAUGUUUCAUUUGCAUUUUCUCUAACUCUCUUUUUCCCUGCUUCCUUAAUACAAAACAGUCCAGAGAUAUGAUUAUAACACUGUGUUUAUGAUUUAGAAAAAAAAAAAAUUGUGAUGAUGUAUAGAUUAAUUAAUUAGAGCAUUUAACUCUGCCUUUAUUGUAAUUACCAGAAAACACUCAAUCUAAAUAUUUUUUUUUGUGCAAAUAAAGAUGGAUUACUAGGGAAUAAAAUGGCUCAUCAUGCCAGUGACAUCUAUUUGAUUCCUCAGUCCAAGUAACCAGCUCAGGCCAGUGAGGUCCAGUUUACUGAAUGACAUCACAAACACUGGGUCACCAUAAAUGACACUAAUUUUCCUGUAACAACUGGAUGUUGUAAACAUGACGUCCUUGCUUGUGAAUUGUUUUGUUGUUGCGUUUUAACACACAAGUAUGGUGUCAUUUGUUCCAUCGUUCUAACAGCAUUUCUUUGAAUUUAAGCCUGUUAAAUGGAGCAUGAAAAAGAUUAAACUUGAUGACGCACACUGCCUGCAACUCUUUCCAAACCCUUACUAAAUGUACUGUCAGGAGGAAAUGCUGCAAUCAAAAUAAUGCUGUCUUUGUGUCUUGAGGACAAAAUUUCUCAUUAAGAUCCAAUUUAUUUUUUACACUACUUGAGUUUUUUAAUAAGUGAGUGAAAAAAAACAUAAAAUACAAAAAGCAGAAAUCAUUAACAGGAUUUAUCACCGUCUACUUAUUUUUCACGAUGGUUUAAAAGAAUCUAUUUUUAAAGGCUGAAUAUAUAUUACAAAAUUUUCUAAUCUGACCUCCCAUGCUUUUGUAAUUUUCAUGUUUUAUUUCACAACACUACUCACCCAGAAAACAAUCAAUAGAGCAACAUGUCCCAGAGAAGCAGUCACUCAAGCUCACUCACCAAUGAUCAGUUACCCUGAUGGACAGAUGUAAAGUCUUGGAUGAAAA